AUGGACCCUGAACCCGAUAUCGCACCCACGGAAUCUCUCUUCCGCCCAGUCAAGCGGCGCAAGUUCGUACGGCGACGUCCUGAUCAUGACGCCGAGGAUACUGCCCAUGCGGACUCAGCCAUAGGAAACAAUGAAACCGACCGUCGCGCGCCCGAGACGCAUUCAAAUCUAGAUACUGAAGAUGGCAUACAAAAUACAGGGGCUGUCCGUUUCCGCCGGCUCCAUGCCGUUCGCAAAGGCGGCAUAGGCUUCUCCACGACUCGGACCGGCAAUGGCCAUGGCCAAACGGCGCCGGAGCCAGCAGAAGACCUCGAAAAGGAGAAGAUCGAGGCUAUGUGCGACCGGUUUACUGCACACACAGGCCAGACGGUGGAUGUGGACAAGCACAUGUACGAACUCUCUCUCUCACGGCUGUUCGUGACACACUGGACUAACGAGAUAAGGAUGGCGUAUAUAGAUUCCGAAAUGGCGAGACGCUUCCAACACAACUUGCCUCCUGAUCGCCCUGAGGCUGACCGGUCCACCGUCGAAGAAUCGGGCGAUCAAUCGAGACCUGGUCAACAGCGUGAGCCCGCAUCGCUGGGCAAAUUACAUGAAAUUGAUCUCGGCCAAGAGACCAAGUUGCAGAAUAUUGAGCGGACAGAGGCUGCGACUCGACAUCUUGUGGGCGACGAGGAGUCCGCACACGAGGCGACACCCCAUCCUGAUAGCUCUGGCCAAGAUGUCAAGUCGUGGCGCACUCGUAAGCGUCGGACAAGUGCCGACGUUGAACGAGAUCGGCUUGUGGAGGAGGUCUUACGCGAAAGCAAAUUGGAUGUGUAUGACGAACCGGAAGAUGAACCGGUGGAUGACCAGGCAGCCGACGACCGAGUUGCCGAGCAGUUCCGACGAGACUUUAUGGAUGCCAUCCAGUCUCGUCGGCGAAUCGCCCGGACGCGCAACACGAAGACGACCAAGACCGAGGCCCCUCGAGGACCCAAAUUGGGAGGCAGUCGAAGUGCCCGAGCUGCGAUGCGGGAAAUGCAGGGGAAAGCCGGGCAGAAAUAA